CUCAGCUCUCCGCUGCGAAACUCGGCUGUGAAGUGUGGUCAUGUGACGGGCUAGCGAGCCCAGGCAAAGCACAGCCACACGGUUACAUGAGACCGAAUGCCAGCUUCAUUGAAAAAGCUCUGUUAUCGAGAGUAGAGACAGGAGGGACAGACGUUUUCAGUGUGCAGACACAAAUAACAACACGCAGAAAGCUCUGGGGAACUCGGGGAAAGGGACAUUUUCACAGCCUCAAGAACCUCGGUAGGAGAAAGCAGAAGACACAUCGUUUUAAAAGAUAAAUCAAGCGCAGUGGACACAGCGGGAGUAGAUUAUUCAUUCCGAUAACUUCUAUAAGGGCAACUAAAAAAAAGAAAAAACUACCUCUCCGCCGUUUCAUAUUUUUGUUUUAUUUUUCCUUUCGUUUACUUUUUUCUUUAUUUUAUCACCUGUCCUCAGAAAAGCAUUUACAACCAGACAGAGUUGAAUUGCAGUGCAGUGCGUAAAGAAAUUGAACGCAACACCAGGAGACAGAACAGCUCACCGCAUUUAGCCUACCAGCAAAAUACAGUAUAUAUAUAUUUUGUACCAUCCUUGGUUCUGUUUGGGGCUGAUUUUUGUUAAUUUUUUGGAAUAUGGUUGGGGAAAUGGAAACGAAGGAGAAACCGAAGCCUACCCCAGACUAUCUCAUGCAGCUCAUGAAUGAUAAGAAACUGAUGAGCAGCCUACCCAACUUCUGCGGAAUUUUUAACCACCUCGAACGGCUGCUUGAUGAAGAGAUCAGCCGUGUACGGAAGGACAUGUACAACGACACGCUAAACGGCAGCACAGAGAAGCGGAGCAGUGAGCUCCCAGACGCAGUAGGCCCCAUGGUGCAGCUCCAGGAGAAACUAUUUGUGCCUGUGAAAGAGUACCCCGAUUUUAACUUUGUGGGCCGUAUCCUGGGACCACGGGGGCUGACAGCCAAGCAGCUGGAGGCAGAGACAGGAUGUAAAAUCAUGGUGCGCGGAAAAGGCUCCAUGAGGGACAAGAAGAAGGAAGAGCAGAACCGCGGCAAACCCAACUGGGAGCACCUCAACGAGGACCUGCAUGUCCUGAUCACGGUGGAGGACGCACAGAACCGCGCUGAGAUCAAGCUGAAGCGGGCUGUGGAGGAGGUCAACAAACUACUGGUGCCUGCGGCGGAGGGAGAGGACAGCCUGAAGAAGAUGCAGCUGAUGGAGCUGGCCAUCCUCAACGGCACCUACCGAGACGCCAACAUCAAGUCACCUGCCCUUGCCUUCUCUCUUGCAGCGAACGCCCAGGCGCCCCGCAUCAUCGCCGGCCCCGCCCCCAUGCCCCAGAACGCCCUGCGCACUUCCACCCCGGCCGGCCCCACCCUAAUGCCCCUGAUCCGACAGAUCCAGACCUGCAUGCCCAACGGCUCGCCCCACCCGGGCGUCAUGACCCAGGGUCCCGAGUCGGGCCUCAUAUACGCGUCGCCGUACGAUUACCCCUACACGCUGGCCCCUGCCACCUCCAUCCUGGAGUACCCCAUCGACUCCAGCGGGGUGUUAGCGUCCUCAAAGGCCGAAGAGCUGCCCCUCUACCUGGGGUUUCAGACCUGUCACUUUCCCAUCACUGUGCAGCGAGGAGAGCCCUGCAACCGGCCUCCCUUUUAAAGAAACGUCCCUUCCCUCCCUCUUUCCCUCCACCCCCUCAAACAACACACACCCACCUCCUCAUCUCCCUCCUCCCUCCCCGCCACCACACGCUGGACUGGUUGAGGAUUGGCCCUCUCUGAGCAACCACAAGCCACAAGGGGAAGCCUCGGCCCUUCCUCUUUUAAUGUCUGUUCAAAGUGACGUGUGUGUUACUGAUCAACCCUUUUUGAUUUCCUGUCCUGAUGAUGAUGAUAUAUUUGUGUAUGAUGAUGAGGGAGAACUGAGCUCCACCUUGCUGCAGACCCCCCUUGGGGGCGCCCCCCUCUCUCUGGGUGUGGCUUGGGGGCGUCCUGAGGGGUAACAUGAGGACGGUGAGGGGUCAGAGGGGGUCGACAGAGAGGGCUUGCGGAGCCAAUGGAGGAGAUGGUGUGUGUUGGCGAUGGGGCACCUGCAGUUAAAGUGUCUAGGCUUCACAGGCUUUAUUCACAAAGGGAUUUUAGGACAUUCUGUCCCGACACUGACAGUCUUAACUUCACUCUCAUGAAAAAUAUUCACAGAAUGAGACUUUCAGCUCAAGUGUAGCCCAAACGACAGUCAGUGAGUGAACAACAUAGCCCUUUUGUAUAACGCAUUUUUGCAUUGACUCAAACGGAGUGUCCUAAAAUGGCUUCGGGAAUAGGGGCCUGGUAGUGUGUUGCUUCUCAAAGGACAGGAACUCCUGGCACUAAUUCACCGUUCCCUUCCUUUAUUCAAUAGGUGUGGCUUUCCCCACGAAAGGCUAAAAGAGUUUCACGGAUCCUUACUGAGCCCCUCAUCCGAUCUGAGUGUUGACACACAUGUGCUUUUGUUUCACAGCUGCCUUGAGUGUAAUGAACCAAGAGCCGGGCAGACAGACAGGCAGACAGACAGACAGGCAGACAGACAGGCAGGCAGACAGGCAGGCAGGCAGGCAGACAGACAGACAGACAGACAGACAGACAGACAGACAGACAGACAGACAGACAGACAGACAGACAGACAGACAGACAGACAGACAGACAGACAGACAGACAGACAGACAGACAGGCAGACAGGCAGACAGACACAGACAGGCAGACAGACAGACAGACAGAUAGAAAGACAGACAGACUGGCAGGCUCCCUCACUACUGAUGUUUACACCGGCCAAACCUCCCCGAAGAGGCACGGGCCUUAACGCCAUGCAUUAUGUGUGAGUGUGUAUGUGCAUCCUGUACACACAUUCAUAUAAGUAUAUUUUCGCAGACCUACGGUAUGCGACUGUUCCACUGACUGCUAUGUCUGGGAUUGAAAAUCUAUACAAUACUGUCACGCUUUACUAAUCACUUAAUUCAUUGCCUUUUUUUCUACCUAUUCUUUUUAUUUUUUAUUUUAUAAGAGAUGUUCAUUUUUUUUUACUACUGCAAAUGUGCCUAAAAGCUUUCAUCUCUGGGCUUUAACCAGAGAGUGAGUGAUCAGUAUUAUAUUUAAAACGAAUAACUGAAGAGAUGCUCAACCUGAGAUUAUGUGACUAGUAAAGCUCCCCUCUGUGUGUGUGUGUGUGUGUGUGUGUGUGUGUGUGUGUGUGUGUGUGUGUGUGUGUGUGUGUGUGUGUGUGUGUGUGUGUGUGUGUGUGUGUGUGUGUGUGUGCAUAAAUGCCUAAUUUCUGCAAAUUUGUAACAAGGACUCAAGAAAACAAUGGAUCCUUACAGUCAAGGUUACUCCAUAGUCACAAAUGCUACUAUGUCCAAGAUUUCUCCUUGUUACGAUGAAGUAUAUGAGUAUAAUUUGUGCCUUAACAUGUAUUUCUAAAGAUUUUUUCCUAA